AAAAUCUUGAAAUCGGCCAAAAUCUUGAAUUUAGGAUUUUCUAAAGCUAAAAUCUUGAAAUCGGCCAAAAUCUUGAAUUCAGGAUUUUCUAAAGCUAAAAUCUUGAAAUCGUUCGAAAUCUUGAAUUCAGGAUUUUGGAAAGCUAAAAUCUUGAAAUUGGUCAAACGAUUGAAUUCAGAAUUUAGGAAAGCUAAAAUCUUAAAAUCGGCUAAAUUCUUGAAUUCGGGUUUGGAAAGCUAAAAUCUUGAAAUCGGCCAGAAUCGUGAAUUCAGGAUUUUGGAAAGGUAAAAGCUUGAAAUCGUCCGAAAUCUUAUAUUCAGGAUUCUGGAAAGCUAACAUCUGGAAAUCGGUCAAAAUCUUGAAAUGAGGAUAUUAAAAAACUAAAAGCUUGAAAUCGGCCAGAAUAUUGAAUUCAGGAUUUUGGAAAGCAUUAAUCUUAAAACAAGCUAAAAUCUAGAGAUCAGCCAAAAUCUUGAAUUCAUGAUUUUGGAAAGCUACAAUCUUAUUAUUGGCCAAAAUCUUAAAUUCAGGAUUUUGGAAAGCUAAAAUCUUGAAAUCGGCUAGAAUCGUGAACUUAGGAUUGUGGAAAGCUAAAAUCUUGAAAUAGGUCAAGAUCUUAAAUUGAGGAUUUUAAAAAACUAAAAUCUUUAAUUCGGCGAAAAUCUUGAAUUCAGGGUUUUAGAUAGCUAAAAUCUUGAAAUCGGCCAAACUCUUGAAUUCAGGAUUUUGGAAAGCUAAAAUCUUGAAAUCGGCCAAAAUCUUGAAUUCAGGAUGUUGGAAAGCUGAAAUCUUUAAAUCGGCCAAAAUCUUGAAUUCAGGAUUUUUGAAAAGCUAAAGUCUCGGAAUCGGCCAAAAUCUUGAAUUCAGGAUUUUUGAAAAGCUAAAGUCUCGGAAUCGGCCAAAAUCUUCAAUUCAGGAUUUUGGAAAGCUAAAAUCUUGAAAUCGGCGAAAAUCUUGAAUUCAGGAUUAUGGAAAGCUAAAAUCUUUUAAUCGGCCAAAAUCUUAAAUUUAGGAUUUUGGAAAGCUAAAAUCUUGAAAUCGGCCAAAAUCUUGAAUUCAAGUUUCUGGAAAGCUUAAAUCUUGAUAUCGGUCAAAAUCUUGAAUUCUGGAUUUUGGAAAACUGAAAUCUUGAAAUCGGCCAAAAUCUAGAAUUCUGGAUUUAAUAAAGCUAAAAUCUUUAGGUGGGCCAAAGUAUUGAAUUCUGGAUUUUGGAAAGCUAAAAUCUCAAAAUCGGCCAAAAUCUUGAAUUCAGCAUUUUGGAAAGCUAAGAUCUUGAAGUCGGCCAAAAUCUUGAAUUAACGAUUUUGGAAAGGUAAAAACUUGAAAUCGGCCGAAAUCUUGAAUUCAGGAUUUUGGAAAGACUAAAUCUUGAAAUCGGGCAAAAUCUUGAACUCAGGAUUUUGGAAAGCCAAAAUCUUAAAAUUGACCAAAAUCUUGAAAUCGGCCAAAAUCUUGAAUUCAGGAAUUUGGAAAGCUAAAAUCUUGAAAUCAGCCAAAAUCUUCAAUUCAGGAUUCCGCAAAGCUAAAAUCUUGAAAUCGGCCAAAAUCUUGAAUUUAGGAUUUUCUUAAGCUAAAAUCUUGAAAUCGGCCAAAAUCUUGAAUUUAGGAUUUUCUAACGCUAAAAUCUUGAAAUCGUCCGAAAUCUUGAAUUCAGGAUUUUGGAAAGCUAAAAUCUUGAAAUUGGUCAAACUCUUGAUUUCAGGGUUUUGGAAAGCUGAAAACUUGAAACCGGCUAAAUUCUUGAAUUCCGGUUUGGAAAGCUAAAAUCUUGAAAUCGGCCAGAAUCGUGAAUUCAGGAUUUUGGAAAGGUAAAAGCUUGAAAUCGUCCGAAAUCUUGUAUUUAGGAUUUUGGAAAGCUAACAUCUGGAAAUCGGUCAAAAUCUUGAAAUCAGGAUAUUGAAAAGCUAAAAGCUUGAAAUCGGCCAGAAUAUUGAAUUCAGGAUUUUGGAAAGCAUUAAUCUUAAAACAAGCUAAAAUCUAGAGAUCAGCCAAAAUCUUGAAUUCAUGAUUUUGGAAAGCUACAAUCCUGAAAUCGACCACAAUCUUAAAUUCAGGCUUUUGGAAAGCUAAAAUCUUGAAAUCAGCAAAAUCUUGAAUUCAGGAUUUUGGAAAGCUAAAAUCUUAUAAUCCGCAAAAUCUUGAAUGCAGGAUUUUGGAAACCUAAAAUCUUGAAAUCGGCCAGAAUCGUGAACUUAGGAUUGUGGAAAGCUAAAAUCUUGAAAUGGGUCAAGAUCUUAAAUUGAGGAUUUUAAAAUACUAAAAUCUUUAAAUCGGCGAAAAUCUUGAAUUCAGGGUUUUAGAUAGCUAAAAUCUUGAAAUCGGCCAAACUCUUGAAUUCAGGAUUUUGGAAAGCUAAAAUCUAGAAAUCAGCCAGAAUCGUAAAUUCAGAAUUUUAAAAAGCCAAAAGCUUGAAAUCGUCCGAAAUCUUCUAUUCAUGAUUUUGGAAAGCUAAGAUCUUGAAAUUGGUCAAAAUCUUGAAAUCGGCCACAAUCGUGAACUUAGGAUUUUGGAAAGCUAAAAUCUUGAAAUUGGUGAAGAUCUUGAGUUGAGGAUUUUAAAAAAACUUAAAUCUUGAAAUGGGCGAAAAUCUGGAUUUCAGGAUUUUGGAAACCUAAAAUCUUGAAAACGGCCAAAAUCUUGAAUUUAGGAUUAAGGAAACCUAAAAUUUUGAACUCGGCCAAAAUCUUGAAUUUAGGAUUGUGAAAAACUAAAAUCUUAAAAACGGAAAAAAUCUUGAAUUCAAGAUUUUGGAAAGCUAAAAUCUUGAAAUCGCCUGAAAUCUUGAAUUCAGUAUUUGAAAGAUAACAUCUUGUAAUGGGCCAAAUUCUUGAAUUCAGGAUUUUGGAAAGCUAAAAUCUUGAAAUCGGCAAAAAUCUUGAAAUCAGGAUUUUGGAUAGCUAAAAUCUUGAAAUCCGCCAAAAUUUUGAAUUCAGAAUUUUAGAAAGCUAAAAUCUAGAAAACGGUCAAGAUCUUGAAUUGAGGAUAUUAAAAAGCUAAAAUGUUGAAAUCGGCGAAAAUCUGGAUUUCAGGGUUUUGGAAAGCUGAAAACUUGAAACCGGCCAAAAUCUUGAAUUUAGGAUUUUGGAAAGCUAAAAUCUUGAAAUUGGUGAAGAUCUUGAGUUGAGGAUUUUAAAAAACUAAAAUCUUGAAAUGGGCGAAAAUCUGGAUGCCAGGAUUUUGGAAAGGUAAAAUCUUGAAAACGGCCAAAAUCUUGAAUUUAAGAUUAAGGAAACCUAAGAUUUUGAAAUCGGCCAAAAUCUUGAAUUCAGGAUUGUGAAAAGCUAAAAUCUUAAAAACGGAAAAAAUCUUGAAUUCAAGAUUUUGGAAAGCUAAAAUCUUGAAAUCGCCUGAAAUCUUGAAUUCAGUAUUUGAAAGCUAACAUCUUGUAAUGGGCCAAAUUCUUGAAUUCAGGAUUUUGGAAAGCUAAAAUCUUGAAAUCGGCAAAAAUCUGAAUUCAGGAUUUUGGAAAGCAAAAACCUUGAAAUCCUCAAAAAUCCUCAAUUCAGGAUUUUGGAAAGCUAAAAUCUUGAAACAGGGCAAAAUCUUGAAUUCAGGAUUUGAAAGCUAAAAUCUUGAAAUCGGCAAAAGUGUGAAAUUCACGAUUUUGGAAAGCUGAAAUCUUGAAAUCGGCCAUAUUCUUAAAUUCCUGAUGCUGCAAAAGUAAAAGGUUGAAAUCGGCCAAAAUCUUGAAUUCAGGAUUUUAGAAUGCUAAAAUCUUGAAAUCGGCCAAAAUCUUGAAUUCAGGAUUUUGGAAAACUAAAAUCUUGAAUUUGGAAAAAAAUCUUGCAUUCAGGAUUUUGGAAAGGUAAAAUCUUCAAAUCGCCUUAACUCUUGAAUUCAGUAUUUGAAAGCUAAAAUCUUGAAAUCGGCCAAAAUCUUGAAUUCAGGAUGUUGGAAAGCUGAAAUCUUGAAAUCGACCAAAAUCUUGAAUUCAGGAUUUUGGAAGGUAAAAUCUUAAAAUCGGCCAAAAUCUUGAAUUCCGAAUUUUGGAAUGCUAAAAUCUUUUAAUCGGCCAAAAUCUUGUAUUCGGCCAAUAUCUUGAAUUCACGAUUUUGGAAAACUAAAAUCUUUGAAUUCGGCCAAAAUGUUGAAUUCAGGAUUUUGCCAAGCUAAAAUCAUGAAAUCGGCCAAAAUCUUGAAUUCAGAAUUUUGGAAAGCUAAAAUCUUGAAAUGGGCCAAAAUCUUGAAUUCAAGAUUUUUGGAAACGUAAAGUCUCGGAUUCGGCCAAAAUCUUGAAUUCAGGAUUUUGGAAAGCUAAAAUCUUGAAAUACGCGAAAAUCUUGAAUUCAGGAUUUUGGAGAGUUAACUCUUGAAAUCGGCCUAAAUCUUGAAAUUAGGAUUUUAGAAAGCUAAAAUCUUGAAAUGGGCCAAAAUCUUGAAUUCAAGAUUUUUGGAAAGCUAAAAUCUCGGAAUCGCCCAAAAUCUUGAAUUCAGGAUUUUGGAAAGCUAAAAUCUUGAAAUCGGCAAAAAUCUUAAAUUCAGGAUUUUGAAAAACUAAAAUCUUGAAAUACGGCGAAAUCUUGAAUUGAGGAUUUUGGAGAGCUAAAAUCUUGAAAUCGGAAAAAAUCUAGAAGUCAGGAUUUUGGAAAGCAAAAACCUUGAAAUCCUCAAAAAUCCUCAAUUCAGAAUUUUCUAGAGCUAAAAUCUUGAAAUAGGGCAGAAUCUUGAAUUCAGGAUUUCAAAAAGCUAAAAUCUCUAAUUCGACCGAAAUCUUGAAUUCACUAUUUUCGAAAACUAAAAGCUUGCAAUCGACCGAAAUUUCAAAUUCAGGAUUUUCAAAAGCUAAAGUCUUGAAAUCGACCGAAAUCUCGAAUUCAGGAUUUUAGAAUGCUAAAAUCUUGAAAUCGGCCAAAAUCUUGAAUUCAGGAUUUUGGAAAACUAAAAUCUUGAAUUCGGAAAAAAAUCUUGAAUUCAGGAUUUUGGAAAGGUAAAAUCUUCAAAUCGCCUUAACUCUUGAAUUCAGUAUUUGAAAGCUAAAAUCUUGAAAUCGGCCAAAAUCUUGAAUUCAGGAUGUUGGAAAGCUGAAAUCUUGAAAUCGACCAAAAUCUUGAAUUCAGGAUUUUGGAAGGUAAAAUCUUAAAAUCGGCCAAAAUCUUGAAUUCCGAAUUUUGGAAAGCUAAAAUCUUUUAAUCGGCCAAAAUCUUGUAUUCGGCCAAUAUCUUGAAUUCACGAUUUUGGAAAACUAAAAUCUUUGAAUUCGGCCAAAAUGUUGAAUUCAGGAUUUUGCCAAGCUAAAAUCAUGAAAUCGGCCAAAAUCUUGAAUUCAGAAUUUUGGAAAGCUAAAAUCUUGAAAUGGGCCAAAAUCUUGAAUUCAAGAUUUUUGGAAACGUAAAGUCUCGGAUUCGGCCAAAAUCUUGAAUUCAGGAUUUUGGAAAGCUAAAAUCUUGAAAUACGCGAAAAUCUUGAAUUCAGGAUUUUGGAGAGUUAACUCUUGAAAUCGGCCUAAAUCUUGAAAUUAGGAUUUUAGAAAGCUAAAAUCUUGAAAUGGGCCAAAAUCUUGAAUUCAAGAUUUUUGGAAAGCUAAAAUCUCGGAAUCGCCCAAAAUCUUGAAUUCAGGAUUUUGGAAAGCUAAAAUCUUGAAAUCGGCAAAAAUCUUAAAUUCAGGAUUUUGAAAAACUAAAAUCUUGAAAUACGGCGAAAUCUUGAAUUGAGGAUUUUGGAGAGCUAAAAUCUUGAAAUCGGAAAAAAUCUAGAAGUCAGGAUUUUGGAAAGCAAAAACCUUGAAAUCCUCAAAAAUCCUCAAUUCAGAAUUUUCUAGAGCUAAAAUCUUGAAAUAGGGCAGAAUCUUGAAUUCAGGAUUUCAAAAAGCUAAAAUCUCUAAUUCGACCGAAAUCUUGAAUUCACUAUUUUCGAAAACUAAAAGCUUGCAAUCGACCGAAAUUUCAAAUUCAGGAUUUUCAAAAGCUAAAGUCUUGAAAUCGACCGAAAUCUCGAAUUCAGGAUUUUAGAAUGCUAAAAUCUUGAAAUCGGCCAAAAUCUUGAAUUCAGGAUUUUGGAAAACUAAAAUCUUGAAUUCGGAAAAAAAUCUUGAAUUCAGGAUUUUGGAAAGGUAAAAUCUUCAAAUCGCCUUAACUCUUGAAUUCAGUAUUUGAAAGCUAAAAUCUUGAAAUCGGCCAAAAUCUUGAAUUCAGGAUGUUGGAAAGCUGAAAUCUUGAAAUCGACCAAAAUCUUGAAUUCAGGAUUUUGGAAGGUAAAAUCUUAAAAUCGGCCAAAAUCUUGAAUUCCGAAUUUUGGAAAGCUAAAAUCUUUUAAUCGGCCAAAAUCUUGUAUUCGGCCAAUAUCUUGAAUUCACGAUUUUGGAAAACUAAAAUCUUUGAAUUCGGCCAAAAUGUUGAAUUCAGGAUUUUGCCAAGCUAAAAUCAUGAAAUCGGCCAAAAUCUUGAAUUCAGAAUUUUGGAAAGCUAAAAUCUUGAAAUGGGCCAAAAUCUUGAAUUCAAGAUUUUUGGAAACGUAAAGUCUCGGAUUCGGCCAAAAUCUUGAAUUCAGGAUUUUGGAAAGCUAAAAUCUUGAAAUACGCGAAAAUCUUGAAUUCAGGAUUUUGGAGAGUUAACUCUUGAAAUCGGCCUAAAUCUUGAAAUUAGGAUUUUAGAAAGCUAAAAUCUUGAAAUGGGCCAAAAUCUUGAAUUCAAGAUUUUUGGAAAGCUAAAAUCUCGGAAUCGCCCAAAAUCUUGAAUUCAGGAUUUUGGAAAGCUAAAAUCUUGAAAUCGGCAAAAAUCUUAAAUUCAGGAUUUUGAAAAACUAAAAUCUUGAAAUACGGCGAAAUCUUGAAUUGAGGAUUUUGGAGAGCUAAAAUCUUGAAAUCGGAAAAAAUCUAGAAGUCAGGAUUUUGGAAAGCAAAAACCUUGAAAUCCUCAAAAAUCCUCAAUUCAGAAUUUUCUAGAGCUAAAAUCUUGAAAUAGGGCAGAAUCUUGAAUUCAGGAUUUCAAAAAGCUAAAAUCUCUAAUUCGACCGAAAUCUUGAAUUCACUAUUUUCGAAAACUAAAAGCUUGCAAUCGACCGAAAUUUCAAAUUCAGGAUUUUCAAAAGCUAAAGUCUUGAAAUCGACCGAAAUCUCGAAUUCAGGAUUUUAGAAUGCUAAAAUCUUGAAAUCGGCCAAAAUCUUGAAUUCAGGAUUUUGGAAAACUAAAAUCUUGAAUUCGGAAAAAAAUCUUGAAUUCAGGAUUUUGGAAAGGUAAAAUCUUCAAAUCGCCUUAACUCUUGAAUUCAGUAUUUGAAAGCUAAAAUCUUGAAAUCGGCCAAAAUCUUGAAUUCAGGAUGUUGGAAAGCUGAAAUCUUGAAAUCGACCAAAAUCUUGAAUUCAGGAUUUUGGAAGGUAAAAUCUUAAAAUCGGCCAAAAUCUUGAAUUCCGAAUUUUGGAAAGCUAAAAUCUUUUAAUCGGCCAAAAUCUUGUAUUCGGCCAAUAUCUUGAAUUCACGAUUUUGGAAAACUAAAAUCUUUGAAUUCGGCCAAAAUGUUGAAUUCAGGAUUUUGCCAAGCUAAAAUCAUGAAAUCGGCCAAAAUCUUGAAUUCAGAAUUUUGGAAAGCUAAAAUCUUGAAAUGGGCCAAAAUCUUGAAUUCAAGAUUUUUGGAAACGUAAAGUCUCGGAUUCGGCCAAAAUCUUGAAUUCAGGAUUUUGGAAAGCUAAAAUCUUGAAAUACGCGAAAAUCUUGAAUUCAGGAUUUUGGAGAGUUAACUCUUGAAAUCGGCCUAAAUCUUGAAAUUAGGAUUUUAGAAAGCUAAAAUCUUGAAAUGGGCCAAAAUCUUGAAUUCAAGAUUUUUGGAAAGCUAAAAUCUCGGAAUCGCCCAAAAUCUUGAAUUCAGGAUUUUGGAAAGCUAAAAUCUUGAAAUCGGCAAAAAUCUUAAAUUCAGGAUUUUGAAAAACUAAAAUCUUGAAAUACGGCGAAAUCUUGAAUUGAGGAUUUUGGAGAGCUAAAAUCUUGAAAUCGGAAAAAAUCUAGAAGUCAGGAUUUUGGAAAGCAAAAACCUUGAAAUCCUCAAAAAUCCUCAAUUCAGAAUUUUCUAGAGCUAAANUGAAAUCGCUAAAAUUAAGUGACUUAUGUUGCAAAAUUUACGAAAAAUCGCUAAAUUAAAGUGUCGCUAAAUACGGAUUUUUCAAAAUCGCUAAAUUAACGUGACGCCAAAAUUUCAUGUAAUAAGGUAUUUGAAAGAUAAAAUCUUGAAAUGGGCCAAAAUCUUGAAUUCAAGAGUUUGGAAAUCUAAGAUCUUGAAAUCGGCCAAAAUCUUGAAUUCAGGAUUUUGGAAGGUAAAAUCAUGAAAUCGGCCAAAAUCUUGAAUUCAGGAUUUUGGAAAGCUAAAAUCUUUUAAUCGGCAAAAAUGUGAAAUUCACGAUUUUGGAAAGCUGAAAUCUUGAAAUCGGCUAAAAUCAGGAUCUCCCAAAACUAAAAGGUUGAAAUCGGCCAAAAUCUUGAAUUCAGGAUUUUGGAAUGCUAAAAUCUUCAAAUCGGUCAAAAUCUUAAAUUCAGGAUUUGGAAAGCUUAAAUCUUGAUAUCGGUCAAAAUCUUGUAUUCGGCCAAAAUCUUGAAUUCACGAUUUUGAAAACUAAAAUCUUUGAAUUCGGCCAAAAUGUUGAAUUCAGGAUUUUGCCAAGCUAAAAUCAUGAAAUCGGCCAAAAUCUUGAAUUCAGAAUUUUGGAAAGCUAAAAUCUUGAAUUCAAGAUUUUUGGAAAGCUAAAAUCUCGGAAUCGGACAAAAUCUUUAAUUCAGGAUUUUAAAAAGCUAAAAUCUUGAAAUCGGCGAAAUUCUUGAAUUAAGGAUUUUGGAAAGUUAACUCUUGAAAUCGGCUUAAAUCUUCAAAUUAGGAUUUUAGAAAGCUAAAAUCUUGAAAUCGGCAAAAAUCUUCAAUUCAGGAUUUUGGAAAGCUAAAAUCUUGAAAUAGGGCGAAAUCUUGAAUUCUGCAUUCUCAAAAAAUAAAAUCUUGAAAUCGGGCAAAAUCUUGAAUUUUGGAUUUUGGAGAGCUAAAAUCUUGAAAUCGGGCAAAAUCUUGAAUUCAGGAUUUUAGAAAGCUAAAAUGUAGAAAUCGGCAAAAAACUAGAAUUCAGAAUUAUGCAAAGCUAAAAUCUUAAAAUGGGCCAAAAUCUUGAAUUCAAGUUUUUUGGAACGUUUAAUUCUCGGAAUCGCCAAAAAGUCUUGAAUUCAGAAUUUCGGAAAGCUAAAAUCUUGAAAUCGGCGAAAAUCUUGAAUUCAUGAUUUUGGAAAGCUAUAAUCUUGAAAUCGGCAAAAAUGUUGAAUUCAGGAUUUUGCAAAGCUAAAAUCCUUGAAAUCGGUCGAAAUCAGGAUUUUGGAAAGCUAAAAUCCUUGAAAGCAACGAAAAUCUUGAAUUCAGGAUUUUGGAAAGCUAAAAUCUUAAAAACGGCCAAAUUAUUAAACUAAGGAGUUUGGAAAGCUAAAAUCUUGAAAUCGGCUAAAAUCUUGAAUUCAGGAUUUUGGAAAGGUGAAAUCUUGAAAUCGGUAAAAAGAAAGAAAGGUAAAAUCUUGAAAGCAGGAUUUUUGAAGGCUAAAAUCUUGAAAUCGGCCUAAAUCUUGAAUUCAGGAUUUUGGAAAGCUAAAAUCUUCAAAUCGGCAAAAAACUUGAAGUCAGGAUUUUGGGAAGGUAAAAAUCUUGAAAUCGGAAAAAUGUUGUAUUCAGGAUUUUUCAAAGCUAAAAUCCUUGAAAUCGGCCAAUAUCUGGAAAUCGGCCAAAAUCUCGGAUUCAGGAUUUCGGAAAGCAAAAUUCUUGAAAUCGGCCAAAAUCUGGAAUUCAGGAUUUUGGAAAGCUAAAGUGUUGAAAUCCACCCAAAAUAUUGAAUUCAGGAUUUUGGAGGGCUAAAAUCUUGAAAUCCGUCAAAAUCUUCAAUUUAGGAUUUUGGAAAGCUAAAAUCUUGAAAUAGGCUAAAAUGUUGAAUUCAGGAUUUUUGAAAACUAAAAUCUUGAUAUCAAUUUAAAUCUUGAAUUCCGGAUUUUGGAAAGCUAACAUCUUGAAAUGAACCAAAAUCUUCAAUUCAGGAUUUUGGAAAACUGAAAUCUUGAAAUCGCCCAAAAUCUUGAAUUCAGGAUUUUGGAAAGCUUAAAUCUUGAAAUCGGCCAAAAUCUUACAUUAAGGAUUUUCAAAAGCUAAAAUCUUGAAUUCAGGAUUUUGGAUGCUAAAAUUUUGAAAUGGGCGAAAAUCUUCAAUUCAGAAUUUUCGAAAGCUAAAAUCUUGAAAUCGGGAAAAGUCUUGAAUUGACGAUUUUGCAAAGCUAAAAUCUUGAAAUCGGCCAAAAUCUUGAAUUCAGGAUGUUGCAAAACUAAAAUGUUGAAAUCGGCCAAAAUCUUGAAUUCAGGAUUUUGGAAAGUUAAUUCUUGAAAUCGGCCUAAAUCUUGAAUUUAGGAUUUUAGAAAGGUAAAAUCUUGAAAUCGGUAAAGAUCUUCAAUUUAGGAUUUUGGAAAGCUAAAAUCUUUUGAAAGCAACGAAAAUCUUGAGUUCAGGAUUUUGGAAAGCUAAAAUCUUGAAAUCAGGAUUUUCGAAAGCUAAAAUCUUGAAUUCGGCCAAUAUCUUGAAUUCAGCAUUUUGGAAAGCUAAAAUCUUGAAAUCGGCCAAAAUCUUGAUUUCAGGAGUUUGCAAAGCUAAUAUCUUUAAUUCUGGAUUUUGGAAAGCUAAAAUCUUCAAAUCGGCCAAACCCUUGAAUUAAGGAUUUUGGAAAGCUAAAAUCUUGAAAUCGGCCAAAAUAUUUAAUACAGGAUUUAGGAAAACUAAAAUCUUGAAAUGAGCCAAAAUUUUGAAUUCAGGAUUUUCGAAAGCUAAAAUCUUGAAAUCGAGUGAAAUCUUGAAUUCAGUAUUUUUGGAAAGCUAAAAUCUUGAAAUCGGCUUAAAUCUUGAAUUCAGAAUUUAGGAAAGCUAAAAAUCUUGAAAUGAGCCAAAAUUUUGAAUUCAUGAUUUUCGAAAGCUAAAAUCUUGAAAUCGAGUGAAAUCUUGAAUUCAGUAUUUUUGGAAAGCUAAAAUCUUUAAAUCGGCUAAAAUCUUAAAUUCACGAUUUUGGAAAACUAAAAUCUUGAAUUCGGCCAAAAUCUUGAAUUCAGGAUUUUGGAAAGCUUAAAUCUUGAAAUCGCCUUAAAUCUUGAAUUCAGGAUUUUGGAAAGCUAAAAUCUUCAAAUCGGCAAAAAACUUGAAGUCAGGAUUUUGGGAAGGUAAAAUCUUGAAAUUGGCCAAAAUCUGGAAUUCAGGAUUAUGGAAAGCUAAAAUCUUGAAAUACGCCAAAAUGUUGAAUACAGGAUUUUUAAAAACUAAAAUCUUGAUAUCAAUUUAAAUCUUGAAUUCAGGAUUUUGGAAAGCUAACAUCUUGAAAUAAACCAAAAUCUUCAAUUCAGGAUUUUGGAAAACUGAAAUCUUGAAAUCGGCCAAAUUCUUAAAUUCAGGAUUUUUGAAAGCUAAAAGCUUGACUUCGGCCAAAAUCUUGAAUACAGGAUUUUGGAAAGCUAGAAUCUUGAAAUCGGCUAAAAUCUUAAAUUCACGAUUUUGGAAAACUAAAAUCUUGAAUUCGGCCAAAAUCUUGAAUUCAAGAUUUUGGAAAGCUUAA